AUGCCGAGGGUGUACAAGCCAGAUCCUCAUGGCAAGAGAUUUAAAAAGUAUAGCAAGGAACUCAUCGAGCAGGCUCUUCGUGAGUAUAACGAGGGGAGCAAUUCCUUGAGCAACGUUGCCGAAAAAUUUCAAAUUAAUAAAUCUGUCCUCUAUAGACACAGUAUUAUAAAUGUGAAGACCCAAGGAGACCAGACAGUGAUAUCAAAGGAGACGGAACUUCAAUUUAUAAAAUACAUUAACGUAUGUGCCGAAUGGGGAUAUCCUAUGGAACUUUAUGACUUAAGUGUUUUAGUUAAAAUUAUUUGGAUAGAUUAG